AUGAUCCCUAUUCCUCUUGCAGAUGCCGUCUACCACAUUGCAUGCUGUCAAUUGACUUUGAAACAUCAGCUUAUUCGAAGUAUUAAGAAAGCUCGAACUAAUUUCAGCCGUGAAACACGACGACCGUUGAGCGGCUCAAGUCAGUCCGAUGGCGGCUACGGUAGCGAUCCGGGUUCACGCAUGCUCACGAAAUUGAUCUCAUCGGAGGGACAACGUGACGCGCAUGGCGCACCCGCAUCCACACCCGUCAUCAUCACUCAGGAAUGCCAGAUAGGCGCAAAAAAAGAAAGCUUGAGAAGGCAGUUGCAGGCUGCCAUUCUGGAGGACCAACUGACCUUCUAUGAAGCAGAGCAGCAGUUCGGACGAUACCUCGUCGGAGGAACCGAGUUCUGA